GUCACUCCUAGAUCAUGUCCUUCCCAGGGAGAUUAGGCCAGCUUACUCCUUUUCCUUUCACCAGCAAGGAAAGAUGUUUUCAUUCAGACAGAUGUUAUUAAUUAACUGGGUCUAAAUAGAUGUGCUGGACUUCUAAGCUGGAAUCCUGUUGGUGACAGCACACAUGAAUGUCCAUUCUUUGAAACAUUAUGCAGAAAGUAUGCAAUACCUCUUUGCAUAAUGCACAGUCAGUACCUCUUUGUAUAAUAUUCACAGGGACACCCCAUCAGCUUCCAGUUGUCAGGGCAGACUGCUAUGGCUAUUUGUUGGGAAGGUAUGGUUGUGGUAUACUCAGGCAGCACUCAACUGCAGUUCUGCUAAAGAGAGAAAAGAGCUGACAUUACCUUCUCAGAUGCCCAAAGACUUGAUAGAGGGCAGGAAGUAUUGUACAUGGCAGAUGCUGGGAAUAGUGGGAGGAGUGUGGAACUCCUCAUAUGAAUAUAGCAGUGGUGGCGAACCUAUGGCAUGCGUGCCAGAGGUGGCACUCAGAGCCACAUGCUGUCUCCCUAGCACAGAGUUUGCCAGAGUUUCUUACUAGAAAGCCAGGGAGACGUGGCACUUUGCAAUAAAUAAGUGGGGUCUGCGUUGCAGUUUGGGCACUCAGUCUGUAAAAGGUUCACCAUCACUGGAAUAUAGGAUCCUGGCUGUAAUGUUUGCACAUAUUUAUUAAGGUGAUGUUUUAAUAGCUGUUUCACAUUAAUGUAUAACGUUACUUAUAAUUUAGGUUGUUUAUUAGUCACUUCAAUAUGUUUCAAACCACCUGUUGUCCCAGCCUUGAAAGAAAAUUGGGCUACAAGAUAUGCAGACAGAUAAAUAGCUAUGUAGUAGACACAGUUUUAGCAAGUGUGAUUUUACAUGUUUCUUCAUGCCAAAGCUGUACCUGCAGAAAAGAGGAGUUCUGUGCUUUUGAUCAGCCUCAGAAAUAAGAGAUUCUGUUCAGGGAUUAUGAUUGGUUGUUAGAACAGAAAGGGAUUAAUACAGUGAUUUAUGAACUAAUUUACCAGUGACAUAUUUUGAUUCCUAAUUUUUACUGCAUUCAGAAUGCCUGUUACAUUCUAUGCUCAACAUCGGUCACUGUUUUCACUCUCUCUAGGUUUUGCUUUGGGACAAAUAAAUAAGGAUCAUCUGCAAGAAGAUUGAAAAACACAAGACGACAACAUGUCGGCCAGAGGUGGAAAGAAAAAAAUGUCCAAAAUGUCACGCUCCAGCAGAGCAGGCGUUAUUUUUCCAGUGGGAAGAAUGAUGCGAUACUUGAAGAAAGGAACAUACAAAUAUCGGAUAGGAGUGGGUGCUCCUGUCUAUAUGGCAGCUGUCAUAGAAUAUCUAGCAGCAGAAAUAUUGGAAUUAGCUGGUAAUGCUGCAAGGGACAACAAAAAAGGAAGAAUUGCCCCAAGACACAUCCUUCUUGCAGUUGCCAAUGAUGAGGAGUUAAAUCAGUUGCUAAAAGGAGUGACCAUUGCAAGUGGAGGAGUUCUGCCCAGAAUUCACCCAGAGCUUCUUGCCAAAAAACGAGGCACCAAGAGCAAAUCUGAUACUAUCCUUUCACCUUCUCCAGAGAAGAGAGGGAGAAAAUCUUUGGGGACCAAGAAGACUGGAAAGAAAGCAAAGGCUUCCAAAGCCCGGACUCCCAAAAAGAACAAACAGAAGGAGAAUGAAAAAGAAGGAGCAUCAAAUUCAUCAGCUGAUGAUGGACCUGGAGAUGGGUUCACUGUACUCUCCUCAAAGAGCCUUGUUCCAGGACAGAAGCUCUCUCUGACGAGUGACAUCAGCCAUAUUGGUUCUAUGAAAGUAGAAGGCGUGCACAACUAUGGUGAAAUAGACCUCAAGGAGGAAGUAGGUAAGACUUUCUUUUAGGAACAUGGAAAAAGCGGAGGUAAAGAAGUCUUAGAAACAUUAAAGGAACUCCGUAAAACACAAGGACUCGAAGUUUACAGAGCUGCUCUCAGUCAGUCCACUGGCCUAGCAGCAAAAUUCGUCAUUCAUUGUCACAUCCCACAGUGGGGGUCAGACAAAUGUGAAGAACAACUGGAGGAGACUAUAAAGAACUGUUUAACUGCUGCCGAAGACAAAAAAUUGAAAUCUGUGGCUUUCCCACCUUUCCCAAGUGGCAGAAAUUGCUUUCCAAAACAGACUGCAGCCCAGGUGACUCUCAAAGCCAUUUCUUCUCAUUUUGAUGACUCCAGCCCUUCCUCCUUGAAGAACAUAUACUUCCUGCUUUUUGACAGUGAGAGCAUUGGCAUCUAUGUGCAAGAGAUGGCAAAGCUAGAUGCAAAGUAGCAACAAAAGCCAAAUGAAAUUUUAUUUUUCAACAUGAAUAUGAGUAGGAAUGAGAAUUAGAAUUGGGUUUUAUUUUUAAAAUAUUGUGAGGACGGAGUAUGUGAGUAGCUUUGAAGUUCUGUGAUGGGUGGAGGGCUUUUGUUAUGGAAAAACAAUGGGGAAAUUGUUUGGGAGAGUUUGAUCUGCAAUUAUACCAUGCUUUAGAUACCCCCUACCAUUUUGUAUGAUCCCAAGAGGUUAUGUUGCCAGCUCUCUACAUUUUAAUAUGUCUCAAGUUAUUUUAGUUUAGACCUUUGUAAAGAUUAAUCUUUAGAGUAGCAAACAAUUCAAUACAAACAGUGGUUGAGAAAAAAAUGUGAAUUGUUUGCUUCCCUCCCCUGUAGUUAGAAAACCUUAUGUUGUGUCUACAUUCCAUGUUGGAGAAAGGAAUUUCAAAGCAAACUCACUUGGUGCUUUACUGUUUUACCCCCAGAAUGAUCUGUAAUUGCUGAGAAUAUUUCAUCUUUUGUUUUUAUAAAAAAAAAUGGCAUAAUGCUUUUUUAAAACUUUAAGCUUGAGCUUGUUUUCACUUCUGAUAUUAAAAUGGGAAAGCAACUUCAGAUGCAAGUUUAAAGGCAGAGAGAUCUUUUGGAAGUGCAGGAUGGUUCUGUCUUAGCAAUGUAAAGCCUUUGGUGCCUGCCACUGGGAGAUAUCCGCAUUCACAGAAUUAAGUUUUGCAACUCAAAAACUGUAUGUACUAGACCAGAGAAUUGGACAUUAUUUUUUGUAAAAGAAAGAGGAUGAUUAAGGGUGUACCAAAAACACCUGAGCAUUGUUGUUGCAGCAUAUUUGUGCAGUGUGUUUGACAUAUUUUUUCCAAAAGAAAAAAAAUAGCUGAGUGGUUUAAGCAUAUGCAUAAAAGUAAUUCUCUUUCACAGCA